ACUCGAGCGCGGCGCGUGCUGUCCCAUUUACCGCCCAUAACGUCCACGAAGGGACCACUGAAGAAGGUCAGGUGUUCAGCGAGCAGGGGGAGUUCGCGAGCGCAGUCUUUUGCUGGACACUGUUGUCCUGUGUGGGAACCUUUUAAGAUAAAAAAAAAAAAAACUAAAGUUGUUUUUAACAGUUAGAUUGCUAACUAAGUAAGUGGAAAGGAUUUUUUUUUUCUCCGGGAAUGGGAGCUCAGCCAAGAUCGUCAUGAGCGCUGUGUACGCGGUCGCGCGCUCUGUUCCCCGUCGUCUUACUCGCCGCUGUAAUUCUGCAGCGCAGUCGCGUGCGAACAGCAACAGCGCGGGACGCUUCUUUUUAACAACAAAAAACGCGCUUUUUAAGACCCCAAAUGAGGUGUUUCAUGCUGAGCUGCGUUGCAUUUUUUGCAUUUUCGGAGCUGGACCGGAGACACUGCAAUGAAGACCAGAAAUAAGUAAGUUUUACAGUCGGGAUUUGCGUCGUGGAACUGGAAACGACCGAGAGACGAGAGCACCUCGCUGAGGAAACGGAGCGGACAAUAAACGCCAAGAACGAGGAAACUUAAAGUGCGUGAAGAGCAACUGAAAGCGUUCAUAUCUGGAAGUUCGCAAAAUUCAGCGUGUGCGGUCGUACGAGCGGGAUGUGCGAUAAUCAUGCGGUGAAAUGAUCCGCCGCAGCUGAAUGGCGUUUCGCGGCUGCGGUUGCGGAACUCCUUGCGCGUGAAGGACGAACUGAACUCGCCGAGUUCACGCGACUCCGGACUCGCACGCGUGUGAAUAAAUCCGAGGAAGAAGAAGCCGAGGACUGCUCGUCGUUGCUAUAAAGUUCGCCUUCUUCACCUCGCUCGGCUCGGCUCGGCUGCAGACAUGGGCGAGACGAGCCCGUCCGAGUCCAACGUGAAGGUGGCGGUCCGGGUUCGACCGUUCAACCGGAGAGAAAAGGAGCUGAAGACAAGAUGUGUGGUGGAGAUGGAGGAAAAUCAGACGGUUCUGCUUCCUGCCAGUGGGAGCUUCGGAAAGGGAGACACCAGGAGUCAGCCUAAAGUCUUUGCUUACGACCACUGCUUCUGGUCAAUGGAUGAAAAUGAAAAAGACAAAUUUGCAGGUCAGGAGGUGGUGUUUCAUUGUCUUGGGGAGAACCUUCUACACAAUGCCUUCCAAGGCUACAAUGCUUGCAUCUUUGCGUAUGGACAGACAGGGUCAGGGAAGUCCUACACCAUGAUGGGCUCUGCAGACCAGCCAGGCCUGAUCCCACGUCUCUGCAGCGCGCUGUUUGAGCGCACCGAACUGGAGCAACGUGAAGGGGAGAGCUUCACCGUGGAGGUGUCCUACAUGGAGAUUUACAACGAGAAGGUCCGCGAUCUACUUGACCCCAAAGGGAGUCGUCAGGCUCUACGCGUGAGGGAGCACAAUGUGUUGGGGCCAUAUGUGGAUGGUCUGUCACGCCUUGCUGUGACCAGCUACAAGGACAUCGAGUCCCUGAUGUCAGAAGGGAACAAAUCCCGCACAGUGGCUGCCACCAACAUGAACGAGGAGAGCAGUCGUUCCCACGCUGUCUUCAACAUCAUCCUCUCACACACGCUCAGAGACCUCCACUCCGGGACCACUGGGGAGAAGGUGAGCAAGCUCAGUCUGGUGGACCUGGCUGGCAGCGAGCGAGCAGCCAAGACUGGUGCGGCAGGGGAGAGGCUGAAAGAGGGCAGCAACAUCAACAAGUCUCUAACUACCCUGGGGCUGGUGAUCUCAGCACUGGCAGAUCAAGGAGCUGGCAAGAGCAAAAGCAAGUUUGUGCCAUACAGGGACUCUGUGCUAACCUGGCUGCUCAAGGACAGCCUUGGGGGGAACAGCCGUACAGCCAUGGUGGCCACGGUAAGCCCAGCAGCGGAUAACUAUGAUGAGACACUGUCCACACUGCGCUACGCAGACCGUGCCAAGAGCAUUGUCAACCAUGCCGUGGUCAACGAGGACCCCAAUGCCCGCAUCAUUCGGGAGCUGAGGGAGGAGGUGGAGAAGCUGCGGGAGCAGCUCACCCAGGCUGAGUCCAUGAAGGCUCCCGAACUGAAGGAGAGGCUGGAGGAGUCAGAGAAGUUGAUCCAAGAGAUGACUGUGAGUUGGGAGGAGAAACUAAGGAAAACUGAAGAGAUCGCACAGGAGAGACAGAAGCAGCUCGAGAGUCUGGGCAUCUCCCUGCAGUCAUCUGGCAUCCGAGUGGGGGAGGAUAAAUGCUUCCUGGUUAACCUUAAUGCUGACCCUGCCCUUAAUGAGCUGCUCGUCUACUACUUGAAGGAGCAUACCCGAGUGGGCGCUGCCGACUCCCAGGACAUCCAGCUCUGUGGGAUGGGCAUCCAAGCAGAACACUCCGUCAUCGACAUCACCGCCAAGGCAACAGUGACCCUCACCCCACUUCGCAAUUCACGGACCUUUGUGAACGGCUCUCCAGUGACGAGCGCGGUCCAGCUUCACCAUGGCGAUCGCAUCCUCUGGGGCCACAACCACUUUUUCAGGAUUAACCUGCCCAAGCAGCGAUCGCGAGGAGGGGGUGAGGAUGAGGAUGGUGAUGCAGGAGUCAUGAAGGGCAGCAGCAGCAGCGAGCAGUUGGACACAGAUGGAGAUGGAGACACAGCCAGCGAGGUCAGCUUCAGCUAUGAGUUUGCUCGGACGGAGGUCAUGAUGAAGACCCUGGGAAAUAAUGACCCCAUGCAGGCGGUGCUGCAGCGCCUGGAGCGUCAGCACGAGGAGGAGAAGCGCUCUGCCCUGGAGCAGCAGCGCCGCAUGUACGAGCAGGAGUUGCAGCAACUUCGCAGGCAGCUGAGCCCUGACAAGCAGCCGGCUCCGUCGCAGCAGUACCGCAGCACAGAGAGACUCAGCCAGGGUGGAUUUUCCACAUCAUUACCCAGUGCACAGAAUCGCAUGCGGCAGUGGGCAGAGGAAAGAGAGGCCAUGCUGACACGCAGCCUGAGGAAGCUACGGGAGCAGAUUGUGCGCGCCAACCUGCUGGUGCAGGAAGCCAGUUUCAUAGCCGAGGAGCUGAACAAACGGACGGAGUACCGCGUUACCCUGCAGAUCCCUGCUGCCAACCUCAACGCCAAUCGUAAGCGGGAUGCAGUUCUGAGCGAGCCAGCAGUGCAGGUGCGGAGGAAGGGGAAGGGCACACAGAUCUGGGCCCUGGAGAAGAUGGAGAACCGCCUGGUGGACAUGCGGGAGCUGUACCAGGAGUGGCAGGAGUACGUGCCGGAUUACGACGAGGACCCGGUAAAACGCUCCUACUUCAAGCGAGCUGAUCCCUUCUUUGAUGAGCAGGAAAACCACAGUCUAAUUGGAGUGGCCAACGUGUUCCUCUCCUGCCUCUUCUAUGAUGUAAAGCUACAGCAUGCUGUACCCAUCAUUAACCAGAAGGGGGAGGUGGCUGGCCGGCUGCAUGUGGAGGUGGUGCGGAUGAGCGGGGGGCUCGAGGAGCACAUGGCAGAUGGAGACAGCGCUGAGGGGGAGGCACAGGAGCGCAAGCUGGUUUGCAUGAUCAAAGUUCUGCAGGCCACAGGGCUGCCGCGCUACCUGUCCUCCUUCGUCUUCUGCAUGUACUCCUUCUGGGACCAGGAUGAGCGCAUUAUUGUAGUUCCUGAGGUGGACCCCACUGCCUCCCCCAGCAGCAAGGAUCCACAAUGCAUGGUGGUGUUUGACAGCUGUAAGGAACUGGCUGUGCCAGUGUCUGAGGAUUUCCUAGAGUACUUGGCAGAGGGUGCUGUGGCCAUCGAAGUGUAUGGGCACAAGCAGACUGACCCUCGCAAGAACCAAGCCCUGUGGGACCUGGGUAUCAUCCAGGCGAAAACCCGCACUCUUCGGGACAGGUGGAGUGAGGUAACACGCUGCCUGGAGCUGUGGGUGCGUGUGCUGGAGCUCAACGAGGCAGGGGACUACAUCCCUGUGGAAGUGGUGCCUGCUCGUGACGUGCGCACAGGGGGCAUCUUCCAGCUGAAACAGGGUCAAUCCCGGCGGAUCCAGGUGGAGGUGCGCUCGGUCCAUGACUCAGGAACAAUGCCUCUCAUUGCUGAGUCAGUACUCUCUGUGUCGGUGGGCUGUGUGGAAAUCCGGCAGGCCUGCCCCUCCAGGCCCAGCGAUUCACAACAGGUCAAAGAUGAUGACAUGGACAGUUACCAGGAGAAGGACUUGGAGAGGCUUCGACAGCAGUGGUUGACUGCACUUACAAAGAGACAGGAGUACCUGGAUCAGCACCUGCAGAAGAUUGUCAGCAAACCUGACAAAUCAGAGGAUGAUAUGGAGCGAGAGUCCCAAUUGCUGGAGCGGAGGCUCACUCUGACAGAGGAGCGCAACGCUGUCAUGGUGCCAUCUGCAGGCAGUGGCAUUCCAGGAGCCCCUGCCGAGUGGAUCCCCGUCCCAGGAAUGGAGACUCACAUCCCAGUGCUCUUCCUGGACCUCAAUGCAGAUGACAUGAAUGCUCAAGACAACCUGGAGGCAGGCUGGGGGGCCACACUGAGCAAUGAGGACGAGGAUGAGUUCUUUGACCUUCAGAUUGUCAAGCACUACGACCGAGAUGUGAAAGCAGAGGCAUCCUGGGACUCGACAGUGCAUGGCUGCCCCCAGCUGAGCAGGGGCUCAGCGCCAGACCAGAGAGUGUAUCUAAUUGUGCGGACAGUGGUUUGCUUCAGCCACCCCGUGACGCUGCAGCUGGUCCUGCGCAAGCGUAUCUGUGUCAGCCUCACUGGACGGCAGGGUUUUGCCCAGAGCCUUCUCAAAAGGAUGUCCCAGCGAAGCACCAUCACUGGCUGCGGUGUCACCUUUGAUGUUGUCUCCAACAUCCCAGGGGAUGCCCCGGGUACCGAAGAUAGGGAAAUGCUGGCUACUUUGGCGGCGAACACAGACAACCCGGAGUCAGCUGACAGUGAGGCAGCUAUUGAGAAGUACCUGCGCAGCGUGCUGGCUGUGGAGAACAUCCUUACCCUGGACCGGAUGCGCCAGGAAGUAGCAGUGAAGGAGCAGCUGACCAGCAAGGGCAAGGGACACAAACGCAGUCUCAGCUCCCCCAACGUAAACCGGCUGUCUGGAAGCAAACAUGAUCUCUACGUGAACUCCACCCUUGAGCAAAGCAAGGGUCGCUGGGAAAGUCAGCAGGACAUCUCUGUUGUGUCACCCCAGUUGAACCGCAGCAUACCCCACUCUUCAUCUUCCCAAAACCAGGAUUCAGAUUCGGCUCUUCCUCAGUCUCUCUCUCCUGCUUCUGGUGCUCCUUCCUGGCUUCGCUCAGGUCUCUCAGGGUUGGCUGCUUCUUUUCUCCCUCCAGUGAAGGCGCUGGUCCCUCCGAUGCCCAAGCUGCUAAAGUCCCUGUUGCCUGCCCGCAGCGAGGGUAGAGACCUGCGCCCACCCGUCCCCUCCCAGCAGACUGUGCCGCGUAUCGUUGUGCAGUCAGCCAGCAUUGAGGAAAGCCCAAUUAAAACAAGUCCCGAUCAGAUCCCUGUGAGUGACAGACAAUACGAAAGCUCUGAAGCACUGCCUUCCUUUGACAGUCAACAAAUUCCAGAAGCUCCACUUUCCUCUGGCGAACAGCACGAGAUUCUUGAAGUCACACCUUCCUCUGACAGACGGCAUGAGAGCUCUGAACCCCUGCAGUCCUCUGUACCGGAGACACAGGACAUGCCCCACAGCCCUAUUAGUGAGACAUCAAGUGGCUACUUCUCUACCAGUGUCUCCACCAUAACCCUGUCUGAUGUCACUACAGCUAGUGGAGAUCUCACCCCAACUGCCACUACAGCUUCCAGCAACCUAACAGCACCUUCUGGUCAUAGGGGCAAUGAGAGUGAAGAAACUCCAGUAGAUACCGUUGAUUCUUGCAGUAGCACGGAAGCUGAGCCUCCAGCAAUCACAGCAUUUUGUGGCCUGAGUGGCCAAGAGGAACAGUCUCAGUGCUCUUCAGUUGCCAAAGACCAACUGGAACCAGAGAGGAAUGGGGUGGCUCCUCCUCCUUCUCCUCCUCCUAGUAGUACCACUUCUCCUGACGUUGUAACUACUCCUUCUACUGCGGCUGUUCCUUUGCCUACUGUUAAUAUUCCUUCUUCUCCCUCUAGCACUCCUUCUGCUGCCUUUUCUACUACCUCUACAACUGCUACUCCUGCUGAAGUUACUUCGUCUCCUGUGGUUUCUCCUCUUCCAGUUGUUCCUCCUUCUCAUCCAGUUGCGGCUGAUAUUCCUCUUGAUACCACUCCUCCUUCAGAAGCACAUCAUCCUGACCCUGUACAGACUAAAGCUCCUAAAGCCCAGGCAGCCUCAUUAAAACCUGUCACUCUGACUAGUUCUGCCACGAACCCUUUCAAGAUCCAGAAAGUUAAGACCUCGGACCUAAAGUCCUUCAUGAGCAUCUUGGGUGAGGAAACGGCAGAGGAGGGAAAAGCUGCAGCAGGGGCAAUAGGAGGGUCCAAGGAGAGUCUGGAAAGGCUGGAGAUAAGCUCGGACUCAGAGGAGGGCCGGGAGGCUGCUGUCCCUGACUGGCUAAAGGAGGGAGAGUACGUUACUGUGGGAGUGAACAAGUGCGGCACGGUACGCUACGUUGGGCCCGCUGACUUCGCCAAAGGUGUCUGGGUUGGUGUGGAACUUGACACUCCUUCUGGUAAGAAUGACGGCUCCGUUGGCGGACGGCAGUACUUCCGCUGUAAUCCUGGUUACGGGGUUCUAGUGCGGCCCGACAGGGUGAGCCGGGCUGAAGGCUCCAAGCGUCGCAAGGAGAAGCGGCGCAGCGCAAACUUUGGGUCCAACACCAACCUAGCAGCCCUGACGGCCAUGGCCAAGGGCGAAGGUGUUGGGGGACCCCGAAGGGGGGACAACCGCAAGUCCUGGAACAGCUGAGGCAGGACCAAGGGGCAGAGCACAGGGAUGUGGGUCCCCCACCCCCAACAGAAAGAGACUGGCCUUUAGCAGCAGUUAUGGGAUGUACCUGUCCUGAGUCCUCCCCAUUGUAUUGCAACUACAGGAGCCCCCUAGUGCACAGAGGGGGCACGGCAUGCGUGAGUACCCUGAGAAUACCGCGGUGCUUGAAAUGUUACAGGGAGCAGAUGGGUGUGACACCUCUGCUCCUGUAUUGUGUUAGUGGAGGAGACCGUGUGUGCUGACAAAUACUGCCAAUGCUAACAAUCUCCAUGUUGGAACCCCAUAAUGCUCUGUGGUCAUGGUUCUCAACCCUGGUCCCAAGUGGCUCCCUGUGGUUUUUGUUCAAAUUGAACUUGUAAUUAAUUUGACUUGAUUGAGCGGUUCAUCGAAUGAAUGGCACAUUGAAACGACUUUUAGCUGAACUCAUUAUUGGGUUAAAUGUUUGCAGUAAAGUGCACAUUAAAGUGAAGACGUUACGAAACUAUUUCAGUAGUUAUGUGCUAAUAAAAUGUUUAUUUAAUCAUUUGAAACCAAGGAAAAAUAAUUAACUUAGAGGCUUGAUUUCUCUAAAACAAACUUAAUCAUGCAGUACCUAACCGUUCAUGAUGUGAUACAGCAGUGGUGCCUCAACUCCUGAGCUGUUCGGUGGGCAUAGGUUCCAGUCCAGCUCAGGUGGUGUGGAGUUUGCAUGUUUCUCCCUGUGUUUGUACCCUGCAGACAUGGACAUGAGACGGCACUUGCACACCUUCUCCGUUUCACCAUUUGCCUGGAAAACCAUGUGAGUUGUUGCCAAGAGUUGGACUUGCCAGGCUGACACUCUUGCCAUGAUGUGCCACUCAUUACUUAUGAUUAUGAAAUCAAUACGUUGCAUUUUGCAAAGCAUCAAGCUACUUUCUUAUGUUUCAACUUUCAUAGAUGUUCCUUUCUAAAACAAAUUAAUGCUGAAAUGAAAUAAUUUGAAUUUGAUUUGGUUUCAGUCAUGCCUUUAAUUGAAUGAAAGGUCCGCCAAGCAUGUUUAAUAUAGAACAAAAACCAGCAUUUACGAUGGGGGCUAGGACCAGGGCUGAGUACCAGCACACUGUGCCGCCAAGUACUUAAGUACUCCAGUGUCUUUCACCUUCUCUGCAACACGUUUUUACUCUCACAGAUUCUGUUUCUGCCUCUUUUAACAAUGAGUGUUUUCUCUUGUUUUUUUGCUAUGGAAUGUGCCUUUUAAAAACCUUUACUUUUUCUUUAAAUUAAAAAGCCUUUUAUUGGGACUCUGAUCUCAGGGAUAUCUAGGGGAAUAAAUGGUGUCUGAAGAAAUGAAUGUGCCUUACUGAGAGUGCACUUUACACCUUGAGUUGCUAGUUUGUCGAGGCCAUUUGUUCUAAUUGUUUUCAGGCUACAUACAUUGCAAACUGAAAGGAAGAUUACUAGUUUUGAGCUUUUGGAUGAGGUCAUUUUUCUACCAUAAAUACUUAACUAAAAAAAAGAAAUACUGUAAUAUUGUUGGCAUAAAUUGUAUAAUUAAGCAUUUGCCAGUUUUCAUUUGGGUUCAGGGUCACGUUUAGAGAUCGAGAUCUAGGAAGUGUAAGCAACACCUUUGCUGUUGGCCUUAAUCUUUGUUGAUGUCAAACCAGAUUGCAAAACAUCAUGAGAUGUUGAACGUCGGACAGAAAUGGUACAUCUCAGUCGUGUGUUGGGUCUCUAAUUCCAUUUAUGUACUUAAUAUACAGUAUAUGUAUAUCUGCUUUCAUGCUAUAUUUGACUUUUUGUGUUGCUCGUUGCUAUACAUGUUUAAUUUUAUUUACUCAGUCUUCUGAUUCAGUGGCAAGAGCAACUAAAAUUUAAUUUUUUAUCAUUUUAGGAUUUAUGAAGCACAAAGCAUAUUUUCUUUAAAAAAAUGACAUACAUACCUCCCAGUGAAAAGAACACUACCAACUAUGGCAUCUGUUAAGGCUCUGCAAAGUGUUUUGCACUUAUUUUAAAAUGACUUGUGAUGUUUCUGGAUUCUGUGGACAUAUUUUGUUCAGUGUGUUUGGGUUGAGGUGCCUGGUAUUACAAACAUGUUUGCAGCCACAUCAGUCAAUUUCACUGCACAGGAGCAAAUUUUGUCAAAGAUUCUCAAAAGCCUCUUCGUGUGACUGCUGAUUUUCACCUGGGGAAAAGUGCAUGUUAUUAAUGUAAUGAAUGCAACUGAAAGCAUGCAUGGUGACUUUGUAAAAUUAAAGCAGUGUGCAGACUUUUUGUAUAGACAAGGUUACACAUUAUUUUAUUGCAGUUGGAUUCAAAUAAAAAUUA